CCCGGCUCUCAGUUCUCUUGCAGCCGCCCCAGAGAACAGCGGCCGCCCGCCCAACCAGUGCUCGAGUUCGCGUCUACGAACUUCGCUUAUCCAACUAUUUGACUCACACGAAAAAAACAGGAUAUCAGUAACAAGUAGACAGGACAAACCUACUUCGUAAUUCACCGUUAAUUAAUUAAAGAUGUCGCCGUUGUUGAUGACUACAUGAGAAUGUGAAUUACAGUGUAAAACCAACUGUGAGACGUAGAGUAAAUAAUAUAAAAAAUAACAUGGUCAAUUGUUGGUUGUAAAUAGUAAAUAAUGCAGAAUAAUACGACACGUGCCAUAGAUUACCGGAGUGACCCUAAAUACCAGUGGUUUGCGAGCUUACGGAGAAAAUGUUUUAGAGAGAAUAUCACCCAUAGCAGCGUUCUCAAUGAACAAUACAAUGAAGGUGAAGAGUGGUGCCCGCGGAUAUUCGAUGGUUUCUCUUGCUGGGACGCGACUCCAGCCGCCACCACAGCGUACCAGCCGUGCCCGAAGUUCAUCAUCGGUUUCGAUCCAAGACGUUAUGCCUACAAGACAUGUACGGCGAAUGGAACAUGGUUCGUGCACCCACACGGGAACAAACCCUGGACCAACUACACAACCUGCGUAGAUGUCGAGGAUUUAGAUUUCCGAAACCUCGUGAACAACAUCUAUGUAGUUGGAUACUCCUUAUCGGUGGCCGCUUUGAUGAUCUCCGUCUUCAUAUUCCUCUACUUUCGGGCCCUGCAGUGCACGCGGAUUCGUAUCCACGUCCAUCUCUUCAUGUCCUUCGCUCUGAACAAUAUCUUAUGGAUUGUGUGGUACAGAACCGUUGUCAACAAAGUCAGUGUGGUCCAGGAUAAUACGGAAUGGUGUCAAAUCCUGCACGUUGUAACUAACUACUUCAUGGUCACAAGUUACCUGUGGAUGUUUUGCGAGGGUCUACAUCUACACAUAGCUCUCGUUGUGGUGUUCGUGAAGGACGAGGUGGCGAUGCGAUGGUUCAUAGCUCUCGGCUGGGGUGUCUCGCUGAUCAUCGUCGUGAUUUACGCAAUAACCAGAUACCUAACACCGGGAGCGACGGACAGGUGUUGGAUGGAUCAAAGUGACACCUUUUGGAUCAUCAUAGUGCCAGUGGGACUGUCCUUGCUGGCUUCAUUCGUAUUUCUGGUGAACGUAGUACGGGUGCUACUGACGAAGUUGCACCCAGCACCGAACCAGCACGCUUCUGUAGCGGCGAGAAAGGCUGCGAGAGCCGCUCUUAUAUUGGUCCCUCUAUUCGGACUACAUUUCAUUUUAAUACCAUUUCGACCGCUGCCUGACUCGCCAUGGGAAAAAACUUAUCAGAUUGUAUCGGCACUUCUUACGAGUUUACAGGGUCUAUGCUUGGCGAUACUAUUCUGCUUCACCAACCAUGACGUCGUGGUCGCCACAAAAACAUACUUAUCACGAUUUCGCACAAAUAACGAGGGCAUCCCUAUGACUGGUAACACAUACCCAUUAACUGGGUCGGUUUUAAAUCUUAUUUCAUUAGCUUUAAGAUAAUAUUAAAUACUAUUAAGCAAACGGCGCUCGAACUCAGCGUCGUUUGAAAAAAGAGGUGGUAACCAAUUCGACAAUUUUCAUCAAAAUUCACUUUUAAUCCAAUUGCUUAUUCAAUCACCAAUUCGAUUACACUGCAUAACAUGCCUGCCAUCUGUAGCUUGAUUAAUAGCAAUUAACGCUGAGCUCGUUCUUCUAGAUAUGACCCACAUUUGGCAGCUCACUUCAGGAGGAUCUCAUUCGGCUUUACGUCACACUUGAAUUGUUCUGCACAUUUCAAUCGCGUCGAUAUGACACGACGCAAUACAAAUCAGUGGUCAACAGCCUGUACACAAAUAGAUUACUCAUAUUUUAUCUACAAUACAUUAUCAAUGAUUGAGUGUUUUAGAAGCAAACAGUUAGCUGCUAAUUGUGAUCUUAUCUAGUAAUGCCUUUAAUUCAUUUGUGUUUGUGAUCGUUUGUAAUAUAAUACACUAUUUUAUAUAAGUAUCUACUAAUGAAAUAACUCCUCAAAUUCAAAGAGAUCACUUUCAGUUGAUAUAUUUACUUUGUACGCACCCAUGUGAACGGAAUUCCUUCAAAACAGCCUCGACAGUACCGACAUGCCAUUAAAAGCAUUUCAUCAAAGUGCUUCCUUCACAGAAUGUAAAAUAAUUCAAUAUUAUCUAUUUAUUUCAGGGUUACAUAUAUGAGAAUAUUAUUCAAUAAGCGUGUCAAGGAAAAUAUAUCCUUAUGCUAAUGUAAUAACGCACAUUUCACGUUUUUCAGGUGUAACCGGGGGUGAGAGCUUAGUGAAUACCAGAGACCACGUUGUAUGACCUAAACUAUAACCGCGUAGGUCAAUUAUGUAAUUAUAAUAUAAUUUAAUAUUAAUGUAAGUGAUAUGUGAAUAUUAUGUAAAUGACUAUGCUAACCUGAAUAUACUCAGAAUAAUAUAAUCGACAGAAGAUAUCUGUGUCUGUA